AUGCAACUCGUCUCUACAGCUGCGGUUCUUGGUCUGGUCAUGGCCACGCUAUCUUCUGCCUUUAGCUAUAAAGCUUCUGCAGAAUGCUUAAGCGCUAAGUCAACUAUCGAGCAGUUCGAUACAGAGCAAGUCACCAAGCUAGCAAUGGAGAAGGUCUGUAGUCAAGGCUGCAAGCCCAAGUGGUCAGACUUUAGGUCAGGCCACCGUGAAAAAUACGCCAUACCUAUCGUCAAUGCCGAGUCAGAGAAAAUGGGCACCCCGGAUCUUACCCCUCACUAUAUGUCCCUGAUGGAUGCUACGUAUGAUAUGGCCGAGCAAAAGUGCGGAGCUAAGGAACUCGGGGACAAAGACCUCUGCCAAAACACCGAGGAAGUGAAAAAAAUUGCCAAUUGCGUCAGGGGUAACGUUUGGUCACUUGCUGUAUCAAAAUCCAGUGACAUACUGCCUAUCAUGUUGGCUGCUCCCUGCAAGAAGCAUGAGGAUUAUCUCAAAAACCCAGGAUUGCUCGAGCAAACACUUCCUGCGUAUAUGGAGGACUACGCAAGUCAGUGCGAAGAACAGGCAGCCCAGCCGGUGCAAGCUUAA